AGACUCAGCGGGCUGCGGAGAGCGUGGCAGAUACUACCUCUCCGCUAAAACUGAUGUGGCCCGGGCGUGAUCGAGGGGCGGGUAACCUGGCGAGGGCGGGCGGGACAGCUCCAGAGAGCGGAGAGGAGGCCGGGGUUUCUCCGAAGACCCGGCCCUGAGGAUCCCUCACCUCGAGGAAGGACCAUCGCUAUGGAAACCAGAGCGUGGGGCGGCCCGGGAUUGUGGCUCCCGGAUGGUGGUGACCGGUCUUCUCUCUCCCCGAGACACUCGCCCACUUCGGGCGAGGUUGCUUCCUGAACGAACCUGCUCUCUCGCCCACGAGAGAAAGUUUCCCAUGGCACAGCCUAGCAGAAAGAUGCAGCCUUUGUGCCUCACUGGCCGCUGACCCACUGGCCUGAUGACAGCACCCCCGUGUACCUUUCCGGUUCAGUUCCGGCAGCCAUCAGUCAGCGGCCUCUCACAGAUCACCAGCAGCCUAUACAUCAGCAAUGGGGUGGCUGCCAACAACAAGCUCAUGCUCUCCAGCAACCGGAUCACCACGGUCAUCAAUGUCUCGGUAGAAGUGGUGAACACUUUAUACGAGGACAUCCAGUAUGUACAGGUGCCGGUGGCUGACACACCCAUCUCACGUCUCUGUGACUUCUUUGACCCCAUUGCUGACCACAUCCACAGUGUGGAGAUGAAGCAGGGCCGCACACUGCUGCACUGCGCUGCUGGCGUGAGCCGCUCAGCUGCCCUCUGCCUUGCAUACCUCAUGAAGUACCAUGCCAUGUCCCUGCUGGACGCCCACACGUGGACCAAGUCAUGCCGGCCCAUCAUCCGGCCCAACAAUGGCUUUUGGGAGCAGCUCAUCCACUAUGAGUUCCAGCUCUUUGGCAAGAACUCCGUGCACAUGGUCAGCUCCCCUAUGGGAGUAAUCCCUGACAUCUACGAGAAGGAGGUCCAUUUGAUGAUUCCGCUGUGAGCCAUCUCACCAGCCUCUGUGCCCAGGUCAAAGGUGCAGAUCUGCUGUUGACCGAGAUCUGAACUUAAACGUUCUACUGUUGUUACAGAAAAAACAGAUGAUGCCUUUUAUAAGAAUCAGAAAAAAAAGGAAAGGUGCUGUAGUUUUUAACCUUAUUAUCCAUAUCUUCAAAGAUUAAAUUCACUAACUGUACGAUGGUGCAGGUAAGUUUCCUACCCUGUGAGUGACAGGUCAUGGCUGCUGGCCAGAUGGGAGAGAGAGGCAAGUGCCCAGGUCAAAUGGACCAGUGCCUAAAGCAUAUGGCAAGCUUGGAAGCCUGCUGCCCUCCCGCAGACCGACCAACCCACAAACGAGUCAGCCACCAUUCCACUUCACUCUUUCAAACCCAAAGCCAGAGCCUUAAGCAUCAUGGCGCCUCCUGUGCCACUCACAGUCAGUGCCAACCUACUAGAUAAGUGGCCUUCAGGUGGUGCUCUGGGAGCCCUGGGGACCCAGGCCAAGCCUGCUUCUACCUUCAGCCACAGGGACCCAACUCUGGUUUUCUGGAUUGGAUUUACACAUGACAUGGUUUUCAAAGAAAGCAUUCCAUUGUAUAAAACUAAAAAAAAAAUUUUUUUUUAGUGCUAUCGUAGGUGGCAAGGUCUCAAAGUACCCAUGGCAGUCCCCUGCCGGCCUUUGAUGGUGGCAUUAGUUUCCUUCUUAGAGGCACACGUGGAGAGCAGGCCUGACAUCAGGCUUCAGGGGUUCCUCUCACAGGUCUUGAUUUGGAAGGCCAGAGCUGCCGACUGGAACCUAGCCUUAUCACCUCCUCCCUAUAUGAUUUGGGACCUCUUGGAGCCUCAGCUUUCUCAUCUGUCCAAGCAAUUACAGCCCUUUUCUCCCAGCGUUGUCAUGAAGAUUCAGCAAUUCCUUACCUUGGUGCCUGACACAUGGUCAGGGCUUAUGGUAGCAACUCUAGGCAUGAAUGAUGCUUUGGCCCUGCUGGUCCUGGUUAUCGCAGUCAUCCUCACAAUGGCAUUUCCCCUAUCUUUGCACAACCCUUUACUGUUUACAAAAUGUUCUUCCAAAAAGUCCUCCUGUGUGGAAAAAAAAAAAAAAAUGGUUUAAGUCCCUUCACACCCUACUUUAGAAGAGGCCUAGCUUCUUAGCCUUUUCAGAGUUCCCAUUGCAUUUAAUCCAUGCAUGCCCUGGGGGUCCUAAAGCAAGGGGCACUCCCAGAUUCCCCAAAAAGGCCUUGUUUAGAUUGCUGACCACUAAAGCCAGUGCCCUGGUCUGGCUAACCACCUGGGUCUAUGAGGGCACAUGACAAAGGGACAAAUGAGUGCGCCCAACCUAUAGACCCUGAAAUCCAAGAUGGUUCAAACCUCCCAAGGACCUGAGGAUCUGACUCAAGACCAGCAAUUCUAAUCCAGAGGUUUUCAAAUCAACAAUAUAGGAGACAAAAGCACAACUUCUCUGUGGGUCGAGUCCAGUGGAAGCCAAAUGCCUUCUACCCCACCCCCACUUCCAUGACAGGCAUGCCCAAGGGUACAAUUUUAGAGUGUGGGGGAGAAGGAAAAUCACUGCUGUAGACUGACUUCUCAUUUUAUAGGCGAAUAAACAGACCCCCAAACACCAGGGCUGGUGUGGCAGAGCCCCCACAAAGCAGACUUUCUGGAAGAAACCCAAGUGGAAAAUUUCUUCUAUAGCCUUCUUAAAAAGAAAUUGAUUGGGACAUGUUUUAUCUUCAUUUUUAAAAAAACUUUGAAUUAAUAUACCAUAAAAUUAACUUUUUUGUAUGUACAGUUCUGUUUUAACACAUUUGUGUAACUACCUCUGCAGUUAGAACACAGCAGUUCCAUCACCCAAAAAAUUAUCUGAUGCCACCUCUUUGUUGUCAAACCUUUGCUCCACUCAAGCCUCUGGCACACACCAAUCUGUUCUCCAUUCCUGAAGAUUUGCCUUUUCUAGAAUGUCACAUCCAUAGCAUCAUAGAGGAUGUAAUCUCUGGAGACUGGCUUCUUUAGUAUGUCUUUGAGAUUCAUUCAGGUUGUUUUUUAUAGCUAAGCAGUGUUCCAAUGUGCAGAUGUACCAGUUUGUUUUUUAACAUUCACCCAUUGAAGGAUAUUUGGGUUGUUUCCAGUUUGGGGUGGUUUUGAAUAAAACUGCUACAAACAUUUGUGUAUAGGUUUUUAUGUCAACAUAAGUUUUCAUUUAUCUAGGGUAUAUGCCAAGAGUGGGAUUGAUCAGUUAUAUGGUAAAGGUUAUAUUUAACUUCAUAAAAUAACUACCAGACUUCCAGAGUCUGCAGACUUCCAGAGUGGCUGCAUACCGUUUUGUGUUCCACUAUGAGAGAUCCACUUCCUCACUAGGAUUUGGUAUUGCCAAUACUUUUUAUUUUAGCCAUUCUGAUAGAUGUGUGGUAUUUGCUCAAUUUGCAUAUUCCUAAUGGUUCAUGAUGGUGAGCAUCUUUUUGUAUACUUAAUUGCCUUCCACCUGCCUUCUUUGGUGAAAUGUCUAUUCAGCUCUUUUGCCCAUUUUAAAAUUGGACUGUUUUCUCACUCUUAAGGGUUGGGAAUUCUUUAUAUAUUCUGGAUACAAGUCAUUUGUCAGAUAUAGAUUUGUAAAUAUUUUUCCCAGUCUGACUUGUCUUUGCAUUUCUCUUAGAAAUGUCUUUUGCAGAACAAAAGUGUUUCAUCUUGAUGAAGGGCUACUUGCCAAUUUUUCCUUUUAUAGAUUGUUGUUUUGGUGUCAUGUCUAAGAAUUCUUUGCCUAGCCCCAGAGCACAAAGCUUUUCUCCAAUAUUAAAGAUUGGGGGGUUAAAUUUUUCACUUAUUUUUAUUAUCCUUUGGUAUAAGGUGUGAGGUUUAGUUUGGGGUUCAUAUUUUUUUCAUAUAGAUGUCUAAUGGUUUCAACUACAUUUGUUGAAGACUGUCUUUAUUGGUUGCAUUUGCUCCUUUGUUUAGGUCUAUUUUGGAUUCUUUAUUCUGUGUAAUAUAUGUAUCUUUCUCUUCACCUGUACCAUAACUGUCUUGAUUACUGUGGCUUUAUAGUAAGUUUUAAAGUCUGAUAGUAUGAGUCCUCCAAUUUUUAUUCUUUAAAAAAAAUUGUUUGGGUUAUUCUGGUUUCUUUGCCUUUCAUAUGAAUUUUAGAACCAACUUGUCUGUAUCAACAACAACAAAAAUAAACUACUGGGAUUUCAAUUGAAAAUGUUAAAUCUAUUGGCCAAUUUGGGGGAGAAUUGCCAUCUUUACUCUGUUGAAUCUUCUGAUCCAUGAAUAUAGUAUAUCUCUCCAUUUAGUUAGUCUUUGAUGUCUUCCAUCAGUGUUUCGUGGUUUUUCAGUAUACCAAUCUUAUAGAUUUUACUGUAUUUAUACCUAAGUAUUUCACUGAGAGGGGGAAUUGUAAAAAAAAAAAAAUUUUUUUUAAUGUUGGUUUCCAAUUGUUCAUUGUUGGUACCAUAUAGAAAUACAAUUGAUUUCUGUGUGUUGACCUUGUAUCUUAUGACUUUUCUAAGAACAUUUUUGUAGAUUCCUUGGCAAUCUGCAUGUAGACAAUCAUGUAAUAUUCAAACAGAAAUAGUUUCAUUUCUUCCUUUCCAAUCUGAAUGUCUUUAUUACUACACUGGCUACAACUUCCAGUGUGAUGAUGAAUAUGGGAUGAAAAUAGACAUUCUUGCUUUGUUUCUGAUCUUAGAAAAUAUUCAAUCUUUUACCACUAAUUAUGAUGUUAACUAUAGGUUUUUGUAGUUAAGGAAACCCUUUAUUAAGGUCAGGAAGUUAGGGAUGAGUAGGAAAGUAUUUUCUCUUCUUCUAUUUACUGAAAGAGAUGUAUGAAUUGGUGUUAUUUCUUUAAAUGUUUGAUAGAAUUCACCAGGGAAACUGUCUGGACCUAGAGAUGUCUUUUUCAGAAGUAUUUAACAAUGAAUUCAAUUCUUUUAAUAGUUAGAAGGUUGUUCAAGUUAUCUCAUCUUGGGUGAGUUUUGGUAGUUUGAGUUUGGUGAGUUUUGAAUUUUGAGGAAUAGCUCCAUUUCAUUGAAAUUGUCAAAUCUAUGGAUGUAGACUUAUGUGUGGUAUUCCUUAUUAGCUUUAUUAUCUGCAGGGUCCACAGAGAUAUCACCUUUUCAUUCUUUGUGCUGAUAAUUUGUCUUCUCUCUUUAUUUCUUUAUUAGUCUGGCUACAGGUUUAUCAACUUUCAAAGUCUUUUUAAAGAACCACCUACCGGGGCACCUGGGUGGCUUAGCCGGUUAAGCGUCCGACUUCAGCUCAGGUCAUGAUCUUGAAAUCUGUGAGUUCGAACCUGUGUUGGGCUCUGUGCUGACAGCUUAGAGUCUGGAGCCUGCUUUGGAUUCUGUGUCUCCCUUUCUCUCUCUCCCCCUUCUUCGCUCGUUUUCUUUCUCUCUCUCUCUCUGUCUCAAAAGUAAAUAAACAUUAAAAGAAAUAAAGAACUACCUAUCUUGUUUUUUAUUUUCUCUAUUGUUCUUCCCUUUUCUACUUCUUUUUUUUUAUUUUUUAUUUACAUUUACUUAUUUAUUUUUGAGAGACAGAGAGAGACAGAGCACAAGCGAGGGAUGGGCAGAGAGAGAAGGAGACACAGAAUCUGAAGCAGGCGCCAGGCUCCGAGCUGUCAGCACAGAGCCGGACGUGGGGCUUGAACUCACAAACCACGAGAUCAUGACCUGAGCUGAAGUCAGAUGCUCAACCAACUGAGUCACCCAGGUGCCCCAAUCCCCUUUUCUAUUUCUUGAUUUCUGUUCUUUAUUAUUUCUACAAUUCUGCUUGUGUCAAAUUUAUUUUGUUCUUUUUUCUAAUUUCAUGAAGUAGAAACUUAGAUUAUUGAUUUCAGACCUGCAUCCCGUAAAUUUUAAUAUGCUGCAUUUUCAUUUUGUUCAUUUCAGAAUAUUUUCUAAUUUCUCUUGAAAUGUCCUCCUUUACCCAUGUAUUAUUUAGAAGUGUAUAGUUUUAAUUUGUAAGUAUUUGAAAAUUUUACAACCAUCUCUCUGUUAUUGGUUUCUAUUUAAUUCCAUCAUGAUGAAACAUCAUAAGAGGACAUCAUAAGUCGUAUGCUUUCAUUUCUUUUAAAUUUGUCGGGGCUCCUGUGUGGCUCAGUGGGUUAAGUGUCCAACUUGGCUCAGUUCAUGAUCUCUCAGUCUGUGAGUUCAAGCCCCACAUUGGGCUCUGUGCUGACAGCUCAGAGCCUGGAGCCUGUUUCCGAUUCUGUCUCCCUCUUGCUCUCUGCCCCUCCCCCGCUCAUGCUCUGUUGCUCUUGCUUUCAAAACUAAAUUUUAAAAAAACAUAAACUUUUUUUUAAUUUGUCAAUGUUUACUUUAUCAUGUAAGAUGUGGUCUAUCAUGGUGAAUGCUUUAUGUGCACUUGAGGAAAAAAGAAGGUUAUUUUCGAUAGAGUGGUCAAUAAAUGUAAAUUUAUUGAUUGAAAUUUAUUGAUUGAUGGUGAUGGUGGUGUCAGUUCUUUUACACUCAUCCUGAUUUUGUUUACUUAUUCUACUGAUUACCGAGAAAAGAGUGUUGAGAUAUUUAUCUGAAGUUGUAGAUUUGUCUACACCUCCUUUCAAUUCUAUUAAUUUUUGUUUCAUGUAUUUUGAAGCUUUGUUGUUAGGUACAUACAUAUUUAGGAUUGUUAUGUCUUCAUGGUGAAUUGACCCUUUUUCAAUAUGCAAUGUCUCUUUAUCCUUCUUAAUUUUUUGAAGUCUACUUUGUCUGAUAUUAAUAUAGCCACUCCAGCUUUGUUUUGAGUAGUAUUUCCAUACUUUUACAUCCUUUUACUUUGAACCUACUAUAUCAUUAUAUUGAAAAUGGGUUUUUUUGAGACACAAUAUGGUUGCGUUUUGUUUUUACACAUCCAAUAGGUCUUUAAAUUGGUGUGUUUAGACCAAAAUUAUCAAUAUUUGGAUUUAGGUCUACCAUUUUGUUUUCCAUUUGCCCUCUUUUCUAUUUGUUUCCCUUUUCCUGCUCUCUUUUGGAUUAUUGAAUACUUUUAAAGUAUUCCAUUUUAAUUUUAUAUAGUUUUCUUAGAGGUUACACUAGAGAAUAUACAUACUUGACUUUUCAGAAUCUAUUUAGAAUUAAUAUCUUAAUCACUUCCCUUUGAUGUUCAGUGGAUAAUGUAUUAGUUUUCUCUUGCUGCUGGAACAAAUUGCCACAAACUCAGUGGCUUAAAACAAUACCUAUCAAUAUUUCACAAUUUCUGUAGGUCAGAAGUCUCGUUGGGCUUGACUGAAUCCUUUGCGUAGGGUCUCACAAGGCCAAAAUCAAGAUAUUUCAUAAGGCUGAAAUUACAUGCAUUUUUUUGUUGUUGUUUUGUUUUGUCUUGUUUUUUACUGGAGGCACUGAGGAAGGAUUCUGCUUCCAAGUUUAUUGAAGUUGUUGACCGAAUUCAGUUUCUUGUAGUUGUAGCACAAAAGACCCAUUUCCUUACUAACUGUCAGGUGGGGGCUGGUCUUUUCUCCUGGAAGCUGCCCACAUUCCUUCAAAGGCUUUCCAGCAGGUUGAGUCCCUCUCACACUUUGAAUACUGUGACUUUUCCCUCUGUUGCAUCACUCUAAAUCUGGCCAGAGAAAAUUCUCUGCUUUUAAGGAUUCAUGUGAUUAGAUUAGGCCUGCCCAACAUUCCAGAUAAUAUUCAUAUUAUUUUUAAUGUUUUCAUUUAUUUUUUAUUUUUGAGAGAGAGAGAGAGUAUGAGUGAAGGAGAGGGGGCAGAGAGAGAGGGAGACACAGAAUCCAAAGCAAGCUCCAGGCUCUAAGCGGUAAGCACAGAGCCCGACACAGGGCUUGAAUUUGUGAACCUCGGGAUUAUGACCUGAGCCGAACUCAAAAGCUUAACCGACUGGGCCAGCCAGGCACCCCCGGUAAUCCUCAUUUUAAAAUCUAUAAACUCAAUUAGAUCUAAAUGUUCCUUUUGGCAUAUAAAGUAACAUUCACUGUUUCCAGAAAAUUGGGCAGGACAUCUUUGAGAGGGGUGGGCAUUUCACCCACCACGGUUAAUUUCUAUUGAUCUAUCUUCAAGUUUACAGACUUUCCUCUAUCAUCUCCAUUCUGCUACUAAGGCCAUCCAGUAUAUUUUCUAAUUUUGAUGAAUAUAAUUUCUUAGUUUAAAACUUUCUAUUUAGUUUUUUUCUAUAGCUUCUAUUUUUCUGCUAAGUUUUUUCAUUUCUAAAGUCUUUUUCCAAUAAUUCCGUCCAGGUCAUCUCAGUGUUCAGACUUUCUUCGUUCUUUCUACAUAGAGUAAUUUUGGAUUGUAUCCUGAACAUUUUGAAUACUAUGUUAUGAGGCUGUAGGUCUUAGUUAAAUCCUAUGGAAAAUGGUGAGUUUUUGUUUUAAGAGGCAGUUGCCCCAUUGAGGUUCAGUUCUGAUCUGCCUCCUAUGGACUGUUAAAAACAACACUACAAACACAAAGCACAAAAUGGAGUCAUUUAUGCUGAGCCCCAUGUCACCAAACUGAGACUUUAUUUAAUUACAGUUUUGGCUCUACCAAAAAUGGAAUAUUAAACCAGUCAAUCAGAAGUUGCCUGAUCAGUACUAGUUAGGUAAUCUGCCUGAUAAAUCCCUGCCAUCCCCUAAAGAAAAAUUACCUUGCAAUAACCUACCCACUGUUUUGCCUAAAAUAACUUUCUUGUACCUGCUCCUUUCUGUUUAAAAAUGUCUUUCAUUUUGUACAAUUCCUUGGAGCUCCUUUCUUUCUGCUAGAUUGGAUGCUGCCAGAUUCAUGAAUUGUUGAAUAAAGCCAGUAAGAUCUUUAAAAUCUA